GUCUAAAGUAUUUGUGUAGUGCUAGUAAAAUAAUUUACAACUAAAUUUAUAUUGGUCAAUUAAACAUGUCGGUUAAUCAGAACCGCAUAUCGCGAUGGUAUUUUGGAGGCGUGGCCAGCUCAAUGGCUGCCAUGGUGACACAUCCGUUGGAUCUAAUGAAGGUGUUAAUACAGACAAACAAGGAGAAAAUGUCGCUAAUUGAUACCAGUCGCAAGAUAUACAAGGAACAGGGUGCUUUGGCAUUCUACAAUGGCAUCUCAGCCUCCUUAUUGCGACAAUACAGCUACACUUUAGCUCGUUUUGGAUUCUAUACAAUGGGUGCCAACCUCAUAGAUACCAGGUCGAUGAGCAGCAAGGUAGCGCUGGCCGGGAUGAGUGGUUAUGUCGCUGGAUUAAUAGGUGCUCCGGCCGAUUUAAUAAAUGUGCGACUGCAGAACGAUGUGAAAUUGCCACCGGAUCAAAGGAGAAAUUACGCUCAUGCAAUUGACGGACUGGUGAGAGUUGUACGCGAGGAGGGAUGGCCGAGUCUCUUCAAUGGAGCGUCGAUGUGUGCAUUGCGUGGCGCUUUCAUGACUGUUGGCCAAAUUGCAUUCUACGAGCAGAGCAAGGACAUACUUAUCGACUAUGGAUGUCCACAACGAAUGGACACAUAUAUUGUCGCCUCGGUCAUAUCGGCGAUUGCUGCCACGGCUUUAACCCAACCCAUCGAUAUGGUUAAGACCCGUCAAAUGAAUUCCCGUAGUGGAGAAUACAAGGGCUUGUCUGAUGUCGUCUAUAAGACUGCAUUAGAGGGACCCACGGCCUUCUACAAGGGCUCCGUUCCAGCUCUCACUCGUCUCGGGCCACACACGGUUCUACUAUUUCUUUCACUCGAGUUUCUUCGCACUCACUUCGGGUGGCUGCCCGAGUCCAAGUAGAUUUGAGCCGUUUAGUUAUCUUUUUGAGUAUUCAUCUAAACGAGUAUAAGCUUAAAAAUGAGUAAUGUGUGAGAUUGCAAGAAAUUGUAGAGCUCCGUAUUUGUAGUAAUCCAUUGUCCUUUCGAAAUCGUAAGAGAAGAUGUAAAAAAUUACAGUUUAGUAUUGAAAUAAAUAAUUUAUUGAGUUUCCUUUAA